AUGGCAGACUCUACAGUCCAACAGAGCCGAUCGAGAGACCUAGACAAGUUACUUCUCAGACCUGGCAAUCUCGUUGCGCCCACCUUCGAACCCGGGGUUCAAUUGAGGGAUGAUCUUCAAGAGUAUGCAAGAAUAUUAGUAAUUGGGGCCGGUGGGUUGGGAUGUGAGCUGCUAAAGGACUUGGCUUUAUCAGGUUUUAAAAAUCUGGAGGUCAUUGAUAUGGACCGUAUCGAGGUUACUAAUCUCAAUCGCCAGUUUCUCUUCAGGCUUGAAGAUGUUGGGAAGCCAAAGGCAGAGGUGGCAGCCAAGCGUGUGAUGGAAAGAGUUAGUGGUGUGAAUAUUGUGCCUCAUUUUUGCCGAAUUGAGGACAAAGAUAUUGAUUUUUAUAAAGAUUUUAGUAUUAUUGCGCUUGGUCUUGAUUCCGUUGAGGCUCGGAGCUAUAUAAAUGCUGUAGCUUGUGGUUUUCUUGAGUAUGAUUCUGAUGACAAUCCAAUAGAAGAAACAGUCAAACCGAUGGUAGAUGGCGGGACUGAAGGUUUCAAGGGGCAUGCUAGGGUUAUCAUGCCAGGAUCCACACCGUGUUUUGAGUGUACCAUCUGGCUUUUCCCUCCUCAAGUGAAGUUUCCUCUAUGCACUCUUGCAGAAACCCCUAGAACUGCUGCUCAUUGUAUUGAAUAUGCUCACUUAAUUAAAUGGGAUGAGGUUCAUAGUGGAAAGACUUUUGAUCCAGAUGACCCGGAACAUAUGAAAUGGGUAUACACCGAGGCCGUCAAGAGGGCUGAACUUUUUGGUAUCCAAGGUGUUACAUAUUCUCUUACUCAGGGUGUUGUGAAAAACAUCAUACCAGCUAUUGCUUCCACCAAUGCAAUUAUAUCAGCUGCAUGUACGUUGGAAACCUUGAAGCUUGCAUCGGGAUGCAGCAAAACUCUAGGCAACUAUCUGACGUAUAAUGGCGUGGAAGGUCUACACAUCAAAGUGACUGAAUUUGUGAGGGACAAGGAUUGUCUUGUAUGUGGUCCAGGUGUUCUUAUUGAGCUGGACACUUCAGUUACUCUACAAAGGUUUAUUGAUAUGCUUGAAGAACAUCCUAAGCUGCUCCUGUCAAAAGCAAGUGUUAGACACCAGGCAACGAAUUUGUACAUGCAAUCGCCACCGGUUCUGGAAGAGAUGACUCGAUCAAACCUAAGCUUGCCACUUUUUGAACUUAUGGGGAAAGUUCCAAAGGACAUCGUUCAUGUGACUGGUACAGCUAACAAGGAUGACAAGAAAACUUCAUGUCUGAGAAAAUUACGUCUUGUUUUCAAGGGAGUUGAUGCUGUUACAGAUAUGGAUAUGGCUGUUGGAGCUUAA